AUGUCACAAAAACGUCUUCGCUCCGACUCGGCCGCCUCUACCGACCCAAAUACCUGGACUAUCUUUGAGCCGUCCUCGGCCCCAGAUGCCGAUGGUGACAUUAUUCCCACAAAUCCCCAUGACACUAAACACUCCCGUCAUGCCGUCACCUCGGCCCCAGCAAUAACAUGCUUCCUACCGCCGUCAUGCGCAGCAGGAACCGCAUUUGCUAGCCAUGAGCUGUUUGAGAGUCAUUACGCACAGGCGCAUACCAAUCGCUGCUUAGAGUGUGGGAAAAACUUUCCGAGCGGGAGGUUUCUGGAGCUACAUAUCGCGGAACAUCAUGAUCCGUUGCAGGAAUUGAGAAGGGAGAGGGGUGAGAAGGGGUAUGGGUGCUUUGUGGAGGGGUGUGAGCGGUUUUGUUCAACGCCGCAGAAGAGAAGGAGGCACGUUAUCGAUAAGCACCAUUUCCCUAAGGAAUAUAACUGGGGAAUUGUGCAAUGGGGUAUUGAUAACCAUACAACUUUACUCACUCGUUCCACCACCAAAAAUACUCCUACUACAACCCCAACUACUAGUCCCACUACAGCUGCCACACCAACAACCCCCAAUAAACCACAGAAGCUAGGUGAGGAGGGAAAGCCCUCAUUGGAGAAAGGAAAAGAGGUAAAAGAAGUAGAUAUGCUCGACGUUGCGAACGCCAUGAGUGCCAUGAAGUUAGUGCCGCCUAGUGUUAGGUUUGGUGGGAGAAGAGGAGCUAGCAUGAGAUAG